CCGAGUAACCAAUAGGCAGCAAACAUCAAAGUAUAUAAACCAAGGUAUGACAUCUUGCAAAGUUGGGCAACCCCUACAUUGGCUUGGUGGACAGGAUCUGAUCCCAAGGACUGUUACCCUUUCUUCUGUACAGAUCUCUGGAAAAGUGCAAUCAUGACUAAGAACUGCAACAACGAUUACAAGAUGAAGUUCUCUCUAGAGCAGGAGUUCCCUGACCUCUCCCAGCACAACAACCACAUGUCCAAGGUCCUGAAUAAGGACAUCUACGACAAACUCAGGAGCAAGUCAACCCCCAGUGGAUUCACCCUGGAUGACUGCAUCCAGACUGGCGUGGACAACCCUGGACAUCCUUUCAUCAUGACUGUCGGGUGUGUGGCUGGUGAUGAGGAGUCCUACGAAGUCUUCAAGGACUUGUUUGACCCCAUCAUUUCUGACCGUCACGGUGGCUACAAGCCCACCGACAAGCACCAGACUGAUCUGAACUGGGAGAACCUGAAGGGUGGUGAUGACCUUGACCCCAACUACGUUCUGAGCAGCCGUGUGCGCACCGGCCGCAGCAUCAAGGGAUUCACCCUGCCUCCCCACAACAGCCGUGGUGAGCGUAGAGCUGUGGAGAAGCUGUCCAUUGAAGCUCUGAACAGCCUGGACGGCGAGUUCAAGGGCAAGUACUACCCCCUGAAGGACAUGACUGAUAAGGAACAGGAGCAGCUCAUUGCUGACCACUUCCUGUUUGACAAGCCCGUGUCCCCUUUACUGUUGGCUGCUGGCAUGGCUCGCGACUGGCCUGACGCAAGAGGCAUCUGGCACAAUGACAACAAGUCCUUCCUGGUGUGGGUGAAUGAAGAGGAUCACCUGCGUGUCAUCUCCAUGCAGCAGGGUGGUAACAUGAAGGAAGUCUUCAGGAGGUUCUGCAUUGGCCUGCAGAAGAUUGAGGAUGUCUUCAAGAAAAACAACCAUGGGUUCAUGUGGAACGAGCAUCUUGGUUUUAUCCUGACCUGCCCCUCUAACUUGGGUACCGGCCUGCGCGGUGGUGUGCACGUCAAGCUGCCCAAACUCAGCACACAUGCCAAAUUUGAGGAGAUCCUGACCAGACUGCGUCUUCAGAAGCGGGGCACAGGUGGUGUUGACACUGCAUCUGUCGGCGGUGUGUUCGACAUCUCCAACGCUGACCGUCUGGGCUCCUCCGAGGUGCAGCAGGUACAGCUGGUGGUUGAUGGUGUGAAGCUCAUGGUCGAAAUGGAAAAGAAAAUGGAGAAGGGCGAGUCCAUUGAUGAUAUGAUCCCUGCCCAGAAGUAAAAUGGUGCUUUUCUUUUUUUUAUUUGUUCUUUCAUGCGGUCAUGACGUAUUGGUUUUUCCAAGAGACACUCCACCCUGCUCACUUUUUUCCUGCACUUUUCCUUCUUAUCUUCAUGUUCCUCCUGUAACUUCCUGGGAUCAAACCUUCACAUAGCUAGAAAACCUUAGCUAUGUUGUAUUCACCGAAACGAUCUUUUUUUUUUUGGUUGUACAAAGUUAAUAAAUGGCCCCAUGUAACAAUCA